AUGGUCGAGGAAUCUCGGACGAGGCAGAGGGAUGACACGCUCGAGCCCAUGAGGAUGAUGAAGCUCAGGAAGACGGACUCUGCAGCCUCUGACUACCACCUCUUUCCGCCACCAUCGCCUGCACCUCCAGACGACUUUGGUGAGUCGCCUGCCGGACAUUUGCUGCCCCCACCUUCACCCGCGACUGCAGCCUUCCGGCCCCAAGUCGAUCAGGCCGUGAAGUACGUCGUCGUCUCCGGCGGAGUCUGCAGUUCGCUUGGCAAGGGCGUUGCCACAUCUUCGAUCGGCGCACUGCUCCGCGGCCACGGCUUCAGGGUCACGGCUAUCAAGAUGGAUCCAUACAUCAACAUUGACGCUGGUCUGAUGAGCCCGUACGAGCACGGUGAGGUGUAUGUGUUGGAUGACGGCGGAGAGACAGACCUCGACCUGGGCAACUACGAGCGGAUGAUGUACCUCUCCCUUGGAAG